AUGGAAUCUUUUCCUAGUCCCUGCGAUAAAGGGAAAGGUCGAAAAAGAAAAGGGGAUCCUGAAAAAUGGAAGAGAAACCAAGCCAAGAAAGAGCGGUAUUCUGCAAAAACAUUGCCCAAAAGAUUGUUGUGUAAUCAUAAAAAAUCUUUUAAAUGUAUGUCAUUGAAAAUGAGCGAUAUUAAAUUGUUUUUUGACAACUUUUACGCACAACCUGAUAAAUUAAAACAGGACGCUAUUAUUUUAAAACAGUGCGUUCCUAAAAAACAAACCAGAGAAAAAGAACGUCCAAGAAAACUUGUAACGGAGAAGAGAGGAGGCGACCAUGUGUCAAUGAAAAGUGCCCAUAAAAAAGAGGCUGUCAUGAAAUUUAUCAACUCAAUUCCAUGUCAAGAGCCUCACUACUGUCGUGGUCAUACAAAACGUUAUUAUUUGGCAUCUGAAUUGUCUAUUAAUAAACUAUGGAAGCAGUACAAUUUACAAGCAACUCCUGAUUUUAAAGUGAAAAAGGGAGCCCAAGGACAGACGUUUGUGCAACGUGUCUCAAAUUUUCAUCCGAAUCGAAACGUGAAAAAGAUGCUGACGCUCUAA